CCCUGGAGUCUGUGAGAGACAGGGGGUUUGGGUGAGAAGCCUGCUGUCCUUUCCCAAGGCAGGGGCCAGCAGGCAGAUGCGGCUGGAGGAUGGAGGUGUUGGAUGUUGAGUGCGGUCAGGUGAAACGCUUGCUGAGACAGGGCGGCCGGCAGUGCCUGAGCCUGGACUGCCGCUCCUUCCUGGCUUACAGCGCGGGGCACAUCCGCGGCUCGCUCAACGUGCGCUGCAACACCAUCGUCAAACGCAGGGCCAAGGGCUCGGUCAGCCUGCAGCACAUCAUCCCGGCCGAGGAGCCCCGGGCCAGGCUCCAGGCCGGCUUCUACUCGGCCCUGCUCCUGUACGACGAGAGGAGCCCGCGGUUUGAGCUGGUCAGGCACGACAGCACCGUCAGCACGGUGCUCAAAGCGCUGCUGGGAGCCUCUCACCCACCUCACCUCUACUUCCUCAAGGGAGGAUAUGAGAGAUUUUCUUCCGAGUAUCCAGAGUUUUGUGUUAAAGCGAAAAGUCCAUCUGGAAUCUUGUCACCAUCCAAUGUUGAGACACCGGGAACAAGUUUAAGUGCCUGUGGGACUCCCCUCCAUGACCAGGGAGGCCCAGUGGAAAUUCUUCCUUUUCUCUACCUUGGAAGUGCGUAUCAUGCAUCUAAAAAGGACACACUCGAUGCUAUGGGGAUUACAGCUCUCUUGAAUGUCUCCUCUAAUUGUCCAAACCAUUUCGAGGAUCAUUAUCAAUAUAAAUGCAUUCCAGUUGAGGACAACCAGAAGACAGACAUCAGCUUCUGGUUCAUGGAAGCAAUAGAGUACAUCGAUUCUGUGAAGAAAGGUGAUGGCCGAAUCCUUGUUCAUUGCCAAGCUGGUAUCUCGCGGUCCGCCACAAUCUGCCUUGCUUAUUUAAUGAUGACUAAACGUGUGCGACUUGAGGAGGCCUUCGAGUUUGUCAAGCAGAAACGGAGCAUAAUCUCGCCCAACUUCAGCUUCAUGGGACAGCUGCUUCAGUUUGAAACCCAGAUCCUGGCUCCUUCACGUUCUGUCAAAGCGACCAGUCCUUCUGCAGCCCUCCGGGAGCAGAGCAAAUCUUCAACCCCAACAUCUCAGUUUGUGUUCAGCUUCCCUGUCUCCGUCAGUGUUCACUCAACCCCAAGUGGUCUCAGUUAUUUACCCAAACCCAUCACAACGUCACCAACUUACUAAUGGAUGAUCAUUUAUAAACUCAACCAAACAUUCAUAACUUAUUUCUAAUAGAGCAUCCAGUCAAGUGGUUUGUGAAACAGUCUGAACCCUUAUUUUGAAGGGCAAAAGAAAGUUGGCUUUCAGUUCUGACAAUAAUUCUCUUGUAAAAAUAUUGGCUACGUUUACACUACAUGUCAAGACUAGAAACUUACUUUUGCAAUAAGAAUAAACGUGAAGUUUUCUUUGACUCACUAAUUAAAUACAUUUGCCUCAGUAUUGAUAUUCCAACUACUGAUUAAUGCAAGCUUCCUUCUCUGUUGAGCAAGAUAUCAGCCUGGGACUCCCAUUUUACCUGCUGGGAGGCACCAAAUUAACAUCUCAGCACCUGCAUGUGAAUCAUAUAUGUCUUUCUCUCCGUAAGUGUCAGAAUCUAAAAUGGACAAAAUGAAUAAAAGGAUCACACUGAAAAUCACAAAAGCGAGACCUACUGCACAACACUGUUCAUUUCAUUGAUGCCAGACCAAUCAACGAAGCUGGGAGGAGAAAGUAAGGACUGCAGAUGCUGAAGAUCAGAGUCGAGAGUGUGGUGCUGGAAAAGUACAGCAGGUCAGGCAGUAUCUGAGGAGCAGGAGAGUCAAUGUUUCUUGAAACGUCAACUCUCCUGCUCCUCCAAUCAACAAAGCAUCCUGAUCUUCCUGCCUGGCACUGGAUGGGACAUUCAAGAAACCCCUUUUCCAUUGCGUCUUUCAGUCGCUUUAUUUAAGGAACAGUUUCGGUCUUGGCUGUGAUGAUCUGUUCUGUUUGUGGAAAAAUAAUUCCCCACAAUCCAUAUCAAACCACAGAAUCAGCUUCUCCCAUAAUGAGACACAACAGCCCGACACAUGCUGGAAAACCUCAAAGUGUAGGAACAGCUUGGAUUUUUCACUUACACAGAAAAUAAAUCCUCAUCGGCAAGCCAGGUUAGCCUUGUCUAUUGGAAUGGAGAAGUUUCUUCGGAGCCUGGAACAUCUCACAAAGGGCUUUUCAGUACAGCUAUACCUGCCAGAGUCCCAAAUAACCCCGUCCUCUUCCAAGCAGCCAGACUGCACCCUGCUCAUUUGUUUGGUUCUCGCAUCCAAAAUACCAGCAGACAAUCACAUUCAAAUGAAAGAUUAAAUCAAAUCAGCUGAGAGACGUUGCCCACACAGCAGAGGGGAGCCAGUUUACCUGUGACAUUUCACGCAAUCAGUCAUAGGAAGGGAGAGGUGCCAAGGGUCAGCACAGUACAUGUCAAAGAAACAUUUUAAAAAAUGCAAAAAUAACAUCAAAUUGAAAGCACAAUUUAAAAGAAAAAUGAUCUGAUUCAUAACAAUGACUGGAACCUAAUGCACUGUUAAUUCACAACAAAGACAGGCUGGACAGUGAAUGACCAACUUUAAAUCUCCAACACUGUGCUUGGCUAUUACUGUUUCACUCUAAACUGGCCACAAACAUUUUCUAAGCUGUAAUUUACUUUCAGUUGAAUCCAAUACUGACUGAAAUUUGCCCUGAAUCUUUUUGGAAACUAUUUCUGGUUGGCUGAUUUGCAGAUCAGAAAUGAAUCUGAUCUACCUUCAGUAAAUAAUACUCUGUAAAGUCUUUGAUGCUCAAUGGUUUUAUUAUCUCAAAAAAAAUCACCUUUUCAAAGCUAUUUGUAACUCUAGUUCCCGAGUUGGACAGAUCGACUUGUACAAAAUCCUUUAAAAGCACAGUCUUGCUCUUAAAGUUUUAUUUAAAUCAUCAGAGUGCCGCGGUUAUUUUUUGUAUGUGCAACAUUUAGCGACUGGCCAGGCAUUCUGGAAGUUGAGACUCUCUGGCUAAGCACAUGCUCAGAAAAUUAAUCGUGUACCUCAGGUUCAUGCAAGUUCAGUAUUUUUUCUAUUUCUUAAUAUAAGGUCCCAGAUUUUGUUGGGAAAGUAACAGUGAAUUUAAUAUGUUCAUCUUGUGGUGAGGAACAGACACACUCUGAGUUGAGAAUCAUCACAAGUUGCAGGAUGAUUUGCGACAUUGUGUCUAAAAACUGAAACCUCACCCACAAUCUUAUCGUGAGAUGAAGGAAUUGUUGGAUUUGUGCUGUAAAUAAGAACUAAACUCUCAGUGCAGAAAGCAAGGAGUGCUGUUACAUAGUGUAAAGGUACUGUUAAUGUUGUGAUUUAUUGUCCCAAUAGGCCACUUAUCCUUGAAAGGCCAGGAAGGGAAUAAUUGAAAGUUAGGAAUCUCACUCCCACAGGUAGUAAAUUGUCCCUAGAGAUUUUUUGAUUUUUCUUUUCAUCCUUAAUGCUUAUUUCAGUCUCUUAUUUCUCUGUCUCUCAAUUCAAUCUUUAUUUCUCUUUCUGCAUGGUGUUAGACUUUAACACAUCUGGUUCUCUGUUGUCAUUUGCUCCUUUCCUCUCUACCCUUAAAUAUUAUCUCAUAGUUCAUCAUGGCCUCAGAAACCCGAAUGACCAUUAUCAAUCCACUUCCAAGAUACUCCACGCCAGCCAAUGAAAACAAUUUCUCACUCGGAGCUUAUGAUCCAUAGGCAAGAUUAUUUAGAUGCCUGAUCUGAGAACCUAGGAUUGAAGAGACAUCAGGGCACAGAGUCAAUGUUCCAACUGCUUUAGCCCUGACUGCAAUUCACACUCCCACCCAACAAUGUUUCACACUGACUGAGAGUGUUGGAAAAAUAUCCCUAACGCAAUUCACCUGAGUGAAUGUUUUGAUAUUUGCACAUGUUUUGUCCUAUUUAUGAAUAAGGAGCAGUAAAUGUUAGUUCAGAAAUUGCUUGAGGAAAAUGUACACCAAGCAGUAUAAAGAAUGUGUUGUGGUAUUUUAUACUCUAUCUUUCUCUAUCACUCUAUAUCUCUC